AUGACUCAUCAGUUGUUUCAGUUGGGGAUGGUCCUCCCCCACAGCAUUCUGGGUAGUCUGGAGGACUUCAGGACAGAGAUGCAGGCCAGGGGAGAGACUGAGCUGGUGAGGAGGGUGCCAGCCCCUCAAAGCGCCGUCUCCCAGGUGUUGAUAGGUGCAGAGAGACCCCCUUCAGUCCCCAGGGGUCAGAGAGACGUCCAGAGCCAUGCCCUGCAGCACUGGCACACACACAUGACCCAGAGACGACACCAGCAGGACCUUAUCUCCAACCUGCUCCAGAAGCCAGUAGAGAGGCUGUUGAUGAACCAGUCCAACCGUUUCAGAGAGACUCAGGAGCAGAGAGAACUGAUCACCCGAGGCCUGCCAGCCAUACACUCUGGACAGGGUUACCGUGUAGGCAGUGAGUUCUGGAGCCUCCCUUAG